AGACUUGCAAAAGGGCCAAUCCAAGGACUGACUGAGGCUUUUACAGCAGUAUGAUUUAUACACUGACAUCAAUCAAAUUAUUGUAAUAUGUGUACGUUGUUCACAGUCCCAUUUCACUUAAAGUAUAUUUUUCUAGUUCUUAAAAAUGGACUGUGACUCUGUGACCCUUCGCUGUUGUGAUUUGGGUUGAACAGUCUGAGAACCACUGCUUUAAACUAACAAGCUCUCAGGACAUGCUAUGAGUAAGAUCAUAAGUAAACAAUGGGACAAGACUGAGUUGACUCAACCGAAGUUUCCUUGUGGCUGUUAUAUUUUCUUGUCUUAAAGAAGGUGAUUACAAUAGAGGAGUGGCUGGAUGUGGUGGCAUGUCUCAGAGUAAGAAUGUUGCUCAUCUGGUAGAAGACACAGUAAACUGAUAAGGCCAGCAGAGAAGUGAAAGAUGCUAAAGGACGUGUUUGCGUGUUUUUGAAGAGCUAAUAUGUCAGUCAAUUUUUCAAGACCUCCGUGGAAGGAUCACUUCUGAGAUUAUCAGCACUUUACUUUUUUCUUGAACGGACUCUCUCGAAGAAACAUGGCUGUUUGGGUUAUCUUACCAAUUGUUCUGUGUGCCGUCUCAUUCAUCGGGUGUUGGACAGUAUAUGGACUUGCAUUAAGUUUUAACCAUGUCUGCUCACUUACUAACUGGGAAUACAGAAACUCAUGUCACCCAAAUGAAACAGGGAUUUGCUGCACCAUGGAUAAUGUCCCCACCGUAAGCACAAGUGGAUCAAACUUUCCAGAAAACUCCCUUUUCACAGCAACAAUCAAUGCUGGUUCUUUUUUGUUUCUGAUUUUCUGUGUUUUUCAUCAUGCGCACAUCCUGGACAGGAACAGUGUUCAUUCUCUUCUCAGUAAGAUUGCAAUGAUUUUAGGCUGUGUGGUGUCUGUGAGCGCAUUCAUGGCAGGAAACUGCAAUCCAGCAGAGCUGAUGUUACUGCAUUACCUGGGUGCUGCUGUGAGCUUUGUGUUUGUGUGUCUGUACAUGACCAUCCUGACCUCCCUCACUAGUAAAUGUAUGCUGACGGGAUGUGAACAUGUUCUCUAUCCACUACGCAUCAUCUCCUCAUUCAUCCAGAUUUCUGCCACCAUUCUCUAUGGCAUCUUCUUCAUCCAGGAGGAUUACUUCUACAAGCACAUCUCUGCUGUGUUUGAAUGGUUUCUGUGUGUCAAUCUGGAGCUCUAUGAACUCAGCUACUUUGUGGAGUUCUACUUUUUCUCCUCAUCAAUGCUUUCAGUGCUUUUAGCAAAGAAAGAAGAAGAGAAAACACUCAUUAUGUCUUAAUGUAUAAAAUCCUUCCAAACUC